AUGCCUCUGGCAACGCGCGCUCUUCUCUCUGGCCAGUCAGCUCGUCUCCUUAGAAGCUCCUCUGCCACCGCACCGCGAACCCUGGCCUCCAAGUCGUACGCAACUCUCGGCACAUCUCGUCUCUCCAACAUUCGUUUACCCAGCACCGGUCGCGCCCUGACCUUGACCACAGCUGCCCUUGCUGCCUACCUUUCUUGCACUCCGACCCGCAGGACGUUCACAACCUCUGUGACUCGCCACGCAAGCAUCAUGCCGGCCGACGGUGCUUCCUCGUCGACAGCCCCCAACGGGCUGCCUUCUCAACACGGCAACUUCGACCUCGUCACCCGAUACGACCUCGACUAUGCUCCCGGCAUGUCGGUCGAAAAGUGGCGGUCCAGAGAAACCGGUCUGACCGUGCUCUGGGCCAACUUUGAUUCGCCGCUCCUCAACUGCUACAUGACCCUCGCCUCCGAGAUCUUCGAGGACUCCGGUGUGCCGCACACCCUCGAGCAUCUCAUCUUCCUCGGCUCCGACCUGUACCCUUUCAAAGGCGUCUUAGACACCCUCGCCAACAGGGCUUUCGCCAGCGGCACCAACGCCUGGACCGCAAACGACCACACCGCAUACACCCUCACCACCGCAGGCUCCGACGGCUUCCUCCGCAUGCUUCCCGUAUACCUCGACCACGUCUUCUUCCCCACCCUCACCAACGAAGGAUUCGUCACCGAAGUCUACCACGUCAACGGCAAGGGUCAGGAUGCCGGCGUCGUCUUCUCCGAGAUGCAGGGUCGCGAGAACUCGCCGGCUGAUCUGAUGGAACUCAAGUCCCAGCGAAUGCUUUACCCGGCCACUUCCGCCUACCGCUCCGAAACCGGUGGUCUCAUGUCCGCUCUGCGCGUCCUCAACAUUGACAAGAUUCGCGACUACCACCACCGAUACUACGCACCGCACAACGCCGCCCUCGUUGUGUGUGGACCUCUUGCACGUGCCGACCUGCUCGACUCGCUCGCCGCCGUCGAAAAGCGUCUGGUCACCAAACGCGAUGCCCAGCCCGAGGGACCCCGCGGCUGGAAGCGUCCUUUUGUCGAGACCGCCUCGGCAGUUCCCCCACAGAUCGACGGAUCAAAGAAGGAGCAGCCCGGCCUCGAUCCCGCCGACCCUCCUGCCGAGGGCGCUCAACCCGACCCCAAGCGUCGACGCGCCUUCGUCGAUUUCCCCGAGAAGGACGAGAGCGUCGGCGAGAUCCAGAUCUCGUGGGUGGGCCCCAAGUUCCAGGACUGGAUGACGUGCGAGGCCGUCAACAUUCUUAGCACCUACUUGACCGAUUCGCCCGUGUCGGUGAUUCAGAAGGCCUUUGUCGAGCGCGACGACCCCUUGUGUACAGACGCCUACAUCGGCUCCACCGACAAGGCAGGCGCCACGCUGCUCUCGGCCUACUUCUCCUCGGUACCUUCCGAGCAGCUCGACCGUCUCGAUCAGCAGCUCGUCGACCUUCUCGCCGGCGUCGUCAAGGACGGUAUCGACAUGGACAGGAUGCACAUGAUCAUCAAGCGCGACAAGCUCAAGGUGCUCUCCCAGCUAGAGACCAAGCCCGCCGACUCGUUUGCCGACUUGCUCAUCACCGACUUCCUCUACGGCAAGCGCACUGGCGAGGAUCUCCACAAUGCGCUCGACGACAUGAAGCGCUACGAUGAGCUGCUCACGUGGACCAGCCAGCAGUGGACCGAGCUGCUGCAGAAGUACCUUGUCGAGAACCCCAGGCUCGUCGUUGUCGGCCGUCCCUCGUCGGCGCUGUCGGACAAGCUCAAGGCCGACACCAAGGCGCUCGAGGAAGAGAGGCGCAAGAAGCUGGGCGAGGACGGCCUCAAGCAUCUUGAAGCACAGCUCGAGGCGGCCAAGAAGGAGAACGACCGUCCUAUCCCAGACGAGAUGCUCAAGCAAUUCAAGAUCCCCAGCACCGACAGCAUCAAGUGGAUCCCGGUCGGAACUGCACAGGUGCAACCCGUCGCCUCGGCCAGCGAUGAGCCGAGCAAGACGACAGCCUAUGGCCUGCAAGUGGAGAACACGCGCGACGAGCUGGACCAGAAGAUUCAGGCUCACGUCGAUGCGGACUCCGCCUCGCUCCCCUACUUUGUCCAGUUCGACCACGUCAGCUCGGCCUUUGUCUCGAUCUCGCUCGUCUUCGCCACAACCGAUCUGCCCAAGGAGCUGCGGGCGCAGAUGCAGCUCUACCUCUCCGUGCUCUUUUCGCUGCCGUUGGUGCGACAGGAUGCGACCAAGGGGUCGUUGACGUACGAGGAGGUGGUCAAGGGCCUGGACGAGGACACGCUCGAGUACGACGUCUCGCUCGGCAGCGGCGGGUUCGGCGAGCUUGUCUGCGCCGAACUCAAGCUGGAGCGUGCCAACUACGAAAAGGGCAUUGCAUGGCUUCGUGAUCUGCUGUGGGGCAGCGAGUUUGCGGUCGACCGUCUCAAGGUGUCGAUCAGCAAGAUCAUCCAGAGCCUGCCGGAGCAGAAGCGCAACGGGCGCGCCAUCGCGUCGGCGCUCAGCCGAUCGCUCACGCUCGAUGGCGAAAAGUCGACCAACCUGGCCAGCAGCAUCCUCAACCUGGUCCAGACCAUGCCUGCUCUGCAGGAGGCGCUCAACACCGACCCCGACAAGGUGGUGGCCGACUUUGAGCGCAUCCGGGCCACGUUGCUGCGUCCAGAGAAUCUGCGUGUUUCGGUGGCGGGCGACAUUCUGGCGCUGGAGAAGCCCAAGGCGUCGUGGGCGGAGCACUUUGCGCAUCCAGCGUGGUCUGGUGAUCCGGCCAAGCCUACGCUGCCUGUGCCGUGGAGCAAGGACAUGCUGACGCCGCUGGGCCGGGCGCCGGCGCGCAAGGGUCUCAUCACGGCGCUUCCUACGGUCGAGUCGUCCUACUCGUACUUUACCAGCAAGGGUGUUUCGUCGUACACGCACGCGGAUGCUCCGGCGCUCAUCACGACGAUUACGAUUCUCAACGCCAUGGAGUCGUAUCUGUGGCGCUACAUCCGCGGUGCUGGUCUGGCGUACGGUGCGAGCAUCGUGUCGAACCCCGAGAGCGAGCUGAUCCACUUCAGCCUGUACCGCUCGCCCGACUCGGCCAAGGCGUUUGUCGAGGCGCGCAAGGUGAUUCGUGCGCUUUGCGGCGAGUCCACCAAGACGGCGGAUGGGGAGGAGGAGUUGGUGCUCGAGAUUGACGAGACCACGCUCGAGUCGGCCAAGAGCUCGCUGCACUUCAACAUUGCUGAGGCGGAAGGCACGGUGUCCGGUGCGGCGCAGGAGAGCUUCUUUGACCAGGUGCUCAAGCAGGCGCCCAAGCAUCGCGGUAAGCUGCUACUGUCGGCGGUGCAGAAGGUGACGCUCGACGACGUGAGGCGCUCGUUGAGGCAGUACAUCCUGCCGCUCUUUGAUCCGGCCCACAGCGUGGUGGCUGUCGUCGCGCCCGCAAGCAAGGUCGAGGAGAUCGAAUCCCAGCUCGAGCAGGUCGGAUUCCAGAUGGAACGCACCCACAUUGAUCUGGGCAAGGACGACGACGAGAGCGGCAGCGAGUCGGGCAGCGAGUCUGGCAGCGAGAGCGGAAGCGAUGCGAGCGAAGAGAGCGACGAUGAGGGCGCUCGCCGCUAG